ACAAAUGUUUUAAUAUUUGUGAGUAGAGAAUCCGUGAGAAAAUAGAGUUUUUUUCCUUUUUCUCUGCAAAGGCGGAAGAAAAUUACAGAAUACAGACAGCUUCGUGGAAGCUCAAGGACAACUCGCAAAAGCCGGAUUCUGCUCAGAGAGGAGUCGCUGCCCCACCCUCUGCUCCGACCCUUUACUAUGCAGACGCUACUUUUGCCGGCGGUCCGAUCCGGCGGCCCCGUGCCAUCGGCGGCGGCGGCGGGACCGUCACUCCCUUACGUACCCCGCAUCCCUCGACCGCUGCUCUCCUUCCACCGCACUAGUAAUCGCCCUUCAUCUGCUUCAAAUUCUGUCUCCUCGCUUUCUCUCUCUUCCCUGAAAGCCCUUCGAUCACUUUCUUCUUCUGCUGCGGUUUCUUCUUCUUCUUCUUCUGUAUGGUCUUAUGACAGCGAUGCUCUCAACAAUGCAAGCACAAGAAGAGUCUCUUUCACUCCGAUUGCUUCCUCUCCCGUUUCCCCCCCUCCCGACGAAUCCGAAAGGGCCAAACUUGCUCAGGUUUCGAAGAGAUUGGAAAGCACUUCAAGGUACUUCAAGAGGUUGGGGGGUUUAGGGUUUUGGGGGCAGCUUGUGAGCACUGUGGUGGCAGCUGUGAUUCUCUCAUUUUCCGUUGUGAUUACUGGGAAGAUCACAUCUCCGGUUACAUUUUACUCUACGGCCGCUGGCAUCAGUGCCGCGUUUGUAUCGGUGUUUUGGUCAUUUGGGUAUCUUCGUCUUUCUGAGAAGCUCCGAAAAACAGCUAGUGAGCCUUCAAAGGCUCCUCCUCGUGCUGAUGUUGUGAAAAGCUUGAAAAAUGGCAUAGUUUUGAACCUUCUGGGAAUGGGUGCUGCUAUUAUUGGCAUGCAAGCAACGGUAGGAUUGUUGGUUGCAAAGGCUCUUACUUCCUCAGCAAAUCCAUAUUACCAGGGUAUCUCCCCUGGCUACAGUCCUGUGCUUGCAUUGGAUGUAUUCUUAGUGCAGGCAUCUGCCAACACCAUCCUUUCUCAUUUCCUGGGACUUGCAUUCUCUUUGGAGUUGCUGCGCUCGGUGACAUUACCGCCUUCAGAAGGCAUUCCAGUUCCAAGGGCUGCAUAAACUUUUCCCUAUUAUAUAGUCCAGAAAAUGUAUUUCGGCAUUUCAGGUAAAAAAAAAAAAACUUGUUUUUGGAACCAUAAUCGGAUUAGGGCAACAGGCACAUUUCAGUGGUGAGAUUAAUAUAAAGCUGCCGGAUUGGCCAUUCCUAUUUCAA